AUGGGUGGGCCCUCGAAUGUGGCACCGGAGGUUGAACCUCCGCCAGCUUCUUAUGCACCACCUGAGCUGCCUAUGGGUUUUGAUAACCCAAUCCCAACUUACCCAGGUUCUUCUGGGUAUAAUCCUUUUGAAAACCCAUCGGGGUACCCCUCGGACUAUGUAUCUCAAGACCCGUACCUUACGGCUGCGCAAUAUCACCACCUUUACCCUUCUUCUUACCCUCCGGUUCUUCCAACUGGAUAUCCAGUACCGGGUUAUCAGUACCCACCGUACCAACAACCUCCUCCUCAGCAGCAGCAGCAGCAGCAGACUCAGGAAAUCCUGGAGAGGUUAGAUAGGGUUGAGCACAAGGCUAGGAAAAACAAGGAGAAGCAUAAUAGCUUUAUGAAAGGCCUUGCAAACCUUAUCAAAGGGAAGAAGAUGUAG